AGCAGAAGUUGAGAAAGAAGACGUUGGAGGUGAGCCAGGAAUGACUUUGCAAUGGAAGGGAAGAGGAAAAAAAUCAAGGACAGAGGAGCGUGAAGUACGGAGAAAGUCAACAACCAUAUCAACGGAGAAAAAAGGCACGGAGGAAAGGGCUGAAAGCAGACAGAAGUAAUCAGUGCUGAUGGAUUAGAAGUAAUGGAAAGGCCAAGUGACAGGGAAUGAGAGAGGGGCUAAUGGGUGAUGUUGAAGACCAGGUGAUGACUGGAGAGUGGAACUCAGCACAGAGAGAUCAGAAAGCAGUUCUUGGUGAAUACAACAUCAAAUCAGUUUUGACUCACUUUGAUUGGCAUGGCGAACUGACUUGCUACACAGAGAGAAAAAUAAGUCUAUUUUGCUCCUGGUUGCCUGUCCCCUGUGCUCCAAAAACUACUACUUAUACAAUAAUUUUAAAGUGGGAUAAAAUCCUGAGAUGUUUUGAAAGAACAACAUCAUCAACGUCCAUCACAAUAGAACGAAAAUUCCUUUACAUGAAUCGUGCUGUAAUUAUUUGGGUAUCAGCAAAUUACUCCCAUGAGAGCUAUGUGAAAACAAAGAACAUCUCCAUUAUACCCAGCAAGGCAGAGAAGUGUGCUAUACACUCCAUACGUGCUCACCAGUUAUCAAACAGAUUAAUAAUUAAGUGGGAUACACCAAAAAAGUCUAUGCAAUAUGAACUGCAAUAUAAAGAAGCACGUCCAACAGCCUCACAAUGGAUAUUGGUGCCCACAGCAAACGAUGCUGUCAAUGUGACUGUCUCCAAUUUAAACAGCACAUCUUCAUAUGUUAUUCAGCUCAGAUGCAUACCCAGCGAGGAUCACCACUGUGUUUGUGUUUGGAGUAAAGAGAUUUUAGUACCUCAUAAGCUGAUUGACAAGCCAACAAUUUCAGCUAAUGAAACCAUAGAAAUCAAUCCGGGAAGAAUAAGUAUUUUUCUUCAGUGGCAGAUAACACAAAGCAGGAAUGUCAUUGGAUACUAUAUUAAUAUUGAAAGAAUACCCAACAGUUGCAAUGAUCGAUUCGAACGCAUCAACGUAACGGAGAGAAGAGUGCAUCUGAAUCUCUCCAUGGCUUAUUAUCGGUUUAAUAUUUCUGCCUAUAAUGAAGCAGGAGAAUCUCCACAGAUCACUUAUGUUGUCCCAGAUUUCACCGCAACAGUUUUGCCUGGACAAAUCACUGCCAUACCACAGGAAAACAACACUGUUGUCACCUGGACUCCAGAAUAUAUUCCAAAGUGUUUUGUGGUUGAUUGGGGCACUGGUAAAGAAGAUAUGCACAUGAAAAUAAUAACGAAGCCCAUGGGAAAUUUCACACUAGACCAUUUACAACCAUAUAAAUUGUACAAAAUAAUGGUGCAUGCAUCUGACAUAUGUGAAUGUGAAAGUUUCAUGAGACAUGAGAGGACAUUUGGAGUGACCCACUUCUACUCAGUUCAAGGAGUUCCUAGGACAGGUCCAGCUACUGUGAAAAUUUCAAAUAUCAUGAAGCAUUCUGCUAUUGUGAAAUGGACUGAAGUACCUGCAGAAGACUGUUUGGGCUUCCUCCAGGGAUACAGAAUCAACUACACAGACACAAUGAAGAAUCUCUCUCUGGCUGUUGCUGUCAAUUCUUCUACCACCUGCUACCUGUUAACAGGACUUAAAGAAAAAACUGCCUAUAGAGUACAGAUUUCAGGAGUCACCACUGCAGGAGAAGGAGCCCAAAGUCGUUCACAGUUUUUCACUACUCUGAAAUAUGAUAAAGGGGAAUUUGAAGGUAUUGUUGCUGCCCUUUGUCUUGGCAUCACAUCCACCAUGUUUUUUCUACCCAUCAUUUGUUCAUUGAUGCUUAGAAGGUCAAGAAAAUUGUGCUGGCCAACUGUCCCAGAUCCAAGAAACAGCAGCGCUAUCCAAGAUGUGGCAAGAAUCAGUCCACGGGCUAGCCAGGGACCCACUUCAAGGCUAUUGCUUCAAACACAAACAGACAAUGAUACUACCAGCCUUCAUGUGAUAGAAGAGGAUUCAAAGGCUUCUUUGAAGCUGCAGCCCUUUAUUGAGGACACAGAAGACAACAGUGAGUGUGAUGCAGGCCACUCUGAAAGUGCUGGUGGUAGCCCAGACACCUGUCCAAGUCUUUUGAAAAUCCCUGAAAAAGCAAUUGCAACCGAAAAAGAAAGAGUCAGCUCUAGCAUGAGGGCACCUCUCCUAAGUGAUUACACCAGCAUGGAAUUCAGUCAGAAAGCCAUGCUAAGUCUGGCACUGAAUCUCCUUCCGCGGGCUGUCCCUCCUCACAUGGAGGGGAAACUGAACAACAGGCCAGGAAAAGUGGAGCAACGCACACUGUUUACUCCUCAAGACUAUGUGAAACAGAGCCAGGUGGUGUUUACACCAACUGGACCAACACUGAUGGAAGAAACCAGUUUGAGCUGAGGUCUCUCAGUGCCUCCCCGUGACAUAGAAGCAAGCCCCGAAACCUUUGAUGCUUUAUUGGAGCAGUUACAAUAUUUUAGGAUGGUGAUUCUGUGAAUGUUGAUUCUUCUUUGCUUUAAUAAGUUUCACAGAUAAAGUAGUUUGUGCGUAUAGUUACAUUAGCCAUUUCAGGCCCUUGCUCUUACCACAAAUCAUACUCAACUAAGUUUUGCAGUCAUGACAUGGACAAAGCUCCAGUUUGGGUCCACCAAAGAUUUCUAGCUGGAUAUGGCUCCUUGCUACUUUGAGCCUGAUAAUUUGUCAGUGUUACUGUAGUAAAUGCAAUGUGGUCUAGUGACUCAGCUGCAGCACUGGUAGACACGAACCCUUGAUUCUAGUCCCAGCCUUGUUAUUUGUUUGCUGUAAGCAAGUCAAAAUCUCCAAAAGUGGUGUUUAAUUUUGGAUGACCAAUUUGAGACAACGAAGAUCCGAUUUUCAGAGCUGGUUAACAAAGCCCUUUGAUCUGUUGGAAAGGAAUCCAACCAACUUGUCUGUCUUUUGCAUUUUGGGGCAGUGUGGCAACUUUCUCAACAAACUUCCUGUUCAUUCCUUCCAAGAGAUGUUCCUGAUCAGCUUGUGUGUUUGGUCAUUGAGAAGGGUACAGGAAAUCCUCAAAAGCGGGAGAGCAAGUUUUCAGCCAUAUCACACUGGGCUCUGAUAGUCUUGGCUCUCACAAGCCAGGCACAGAAUUUGCUCAGUAUAUGGAUAAGACAUCUUCAAUGAAAACCUAAGUGGUUACUGUAAGUGAUGUUAACGAGCCAGACUCUUUGAGUCAAUGAUAUAUCAACCCCCAAGGCAGAUGUUUCGCUGAUAGAGGUGGCAUCUUUAGGAUGAGAAGAAAAACAAGCCCUCGUGGCCACCGGAGACCCUGUGACACUUUCUGCAAGAGUGGGAGUAUUUGCUAGACAACCUAGCCAAACUCAGAGGAGGAGGAAAUGAUUCCCCUGAGUUCAGCACUUCACAUUGAUACAGCACCUUACAUCCUGAAGUAGUGGUGCUAUUAUGGGUGUGCCCCGCCUUUUCACCCAAGCAGCAAAUCCAAGUUCAAGGCCCUGUGGGUUGUUUCCACUAGGAAGUGAAAAUAAAAUAGAGGCAGGUAUUUCUUUGAUGCAAUUUCUUUGUUUAUGUAUACAGAAUGUACAAAGUCCAGUUUCCCCAAACAAAGGAAGAAACAACAACAGAAAACAGCAUCCUUUCUUUCAGCCCAUAACCCCAACCCAAAACACCUCUGUAGCUUCUUCCAGGGCCACACCAUGCUAUGUCUCUCUCUGUCCUGAGUUUGUUUACUUACUCACACACACACACACCACAGUCCUUCCACCUAGAUUGUAUGUUCCUGAGCUGACCUGCUUGUUCCUUUGUUUUGAGCUUGUUUAACUGUCUUUUACAGUUCUCUUAAGUGAAGGGUGGUAGUUAAACCUGCAACAGGCGCUAUGAUUUCCAGCUUUAUAUAAAAUGGUUACUCACCUUCUUGUAACUGUUGUUCUUAGAGACGUGUUGUUCAUGUCCAUUCCAAUCAGGUGCGUGUGUACCACAGGCAUGACAACCAGAAGAUUUUUCCCCUAGCAGUAUCUGUAGGGUCAGCCUGGGUGUCCCCUGGAGUUGCACAUUCAUGGCGCCCAAUAUAGGGCCCUGCUGACCAGACCCCCGCUCAGUUACUUUAUGCUGGGUACUCUGACAGAGGGGUAGGAGGGUGGGUAUUGGAAUGGACGUGAACAACAUCUCAAAGAACAACAGUUAUGAGAAGGUGACUAACAGUUUUUUCUUCUUCGAGUGCUUGUUCAUGUCAGUUCCAAUCAGGUGAAUCACAAGCCCAAAUUCAGAUGGCGGGGUUGGAGUUGUGCACUGAUUGGAGUACCGCUCUACCGAAGGCCCCAUUGUCUCUGGCCUGCUGGGUAAUAGCAUAAAGUGUGUAUGGAGGAUCAUGUCAUUGCCCAGCAUAUUUCCUGGGUAGGAACCUGAGCCAGAAAAGCCACUGAACAGGCCUGCACCCUGGUGGAGGGCACAGUGAUCGGAGGGGCAGGCACUCCUGCCAGGUUGUAGCACUCUCGGAUGCAGGACGUGAUCCAUGACAAAAUUCAUUGAGAAGAGACUGGAAGACCCUUCAUUCUGUCUGCCACAAAUUGUUGAAUGGACUUCCGGAAUGGUUUUGUUCUUUUGACGUAAAGGGCUAGCACUCUGGAGACAUCCAAAUAAUGAAGCCUUUGCUCCCUGCUACUCGAGUGCACCAUAGGAUAGAACACUGGGAGGAAGAUGUUCUGGUUGAUGUGAAACUGGGAAACAACCUUUGGUAGGAUAGCUGGAUGUGGCCUGAGCUGAACCUUGUCCUUGUAGAACAUGGUGUAAGAGGGCUGUCAUGUUAGGGCCUUGAGCUCAGACACCCUCCUGGCUGAGGUUAUCACUACCAGAAACGCCACCUUGUACGAAAGGUAGAGGAGGGAGCAUGUCGCUAGCAGUUCAAAAGGUGGUACCAUCAGUCUGGAAAGGAUCAGGUUGAGGUCCCAGGCCGGGACUGGCUGCCUGACUUGCAGAUAGAGUCUGUCGAGACCUUUGAGGAAACGACUGACCAUAGGGUUGACAAAGAUUGACCAGCCCUCUGAGCCUGGAUGGAAGGCAGAGAUGGCAGCCAAGUGAACCCUUAUUGAUGGCAUGGACAGCCCCUGCUGCUUGAGAUGGAGGAGAUAGUCUAAUAUGAGUGGCAUGGAGGCGAGCAUUGGGACAAACGGUGCUGCGCCGACCAGAUUGAAAAUCUCUUCCACUUGGCAAGGUAGGUAGCUCUGGUGGAAGGUUUCCUACUGCCAAGGAGGACUUGUCUAACCAGGUCUGAGCAACAGAGCUCUGUCCGGUUCAACCGAUUGAAUGGAAGGACUGUGAACUGGUAGUGGGUGUCAUUCACCACAAACCUGAGGUAUUUUCUGUGGGACAGAGUUAUUGCUAUGUGAAAGUAUGUGUCCUUCAAGUCAAGGGCAGCAUACCAGUCUCCUGGAUCCAAUGAAGGGAUGAUGGAGGCCAAAGAGACCAUGUGGAACUUGAGCUUCUUCACGAACUUGUUGAGCCCUCACAGGUCUAGGAUGGGCCUGAGCCCACCUUUGGCUUUCGGUAUUAGGAAAUAAGCUUCUCAUGACCAUCCCUGUAGUCAUGGUCCGGGCAGCCGCACCAGCACAGUCAAAAGCUGCCUACAAGGAGGCCCUAGAAAUGAGUUUGCCUUCCUCCACAAGGCAUUAAAUUGGGAGCAGGAGUCUGGUGGUAAUAGCGUGGCAAACUUGACCAAUGCUCUGCAGGUGUUAAAGAAGUACCUACUAAUGAUGGCCUGCUGGUUUGAAAUGCGGAGCUGCAAACCACCGGUGGCGUAGACUUUUCUCCCAAACAAGUCCACCUUUUUCACCUCCUGAUUUUUAGGGGAGGAUUCCUGAAACCCCCGAUACUCCCUUUGCAGCAUCCACCACCAAAGAGUCGGGCAGAGGAGGAGUAUAGAGAUGCUCACAUCUCUUUGAGGGGACAAAAUAGCAUCUCUCAUUUCUCUUAGCUGUAGGGGGCAAAGAGGCCGAAGUCUGCCACAAAGCUUUUGUGGUCUCGUUUAUAGUUUUGAUUAAUGGCAGUGCAAUACGUGAGGGCCUAGAGGGGGAGAGGAUGUCCACCAUGGGAUCAGCAUCCUCUUCCAGUUCCUCUGCCUGGAUCCCCGGGUUCUGGGCCACCCUGUGCAGCAACUGUUGCAGGACCCUGUUAUCUUCCAAGGCCGGGGCUAUCGAAGUGCCCGCAACCGCCUCAUCUGAGGAGGAUGAGAGCACCAUCAUAUGGCCUUGGUAACUUCCCUCGGCACCAAGAGGGUCACGUUGUUCAUUGGGCUGCUGGUGCCGAGGAGGUCAGUGUCAAGGAGGUCACUGGUGCUGGGAUGGUUGCCAGUGCCGGGGCCUGAGCAGCAGGCAGAGGUAUCAGCAUUGUUUCCAGUGCCAGCUGCUGUGACAUGACCUUUGCCGACCUGGAUCUUGACACCUGGCUCUGACCCUGGGCUUGAUGAUAGGCCCAGGGAGUCCAAAAGGGCCACUGAACUGGUGGUUGCCAUUGAGGUGGCCACGCCACCGAGAUCUAGACCUCCUGCUGCUUGACCUAUGUGAAUGAUAGGACUCUGCCUCAGACUCCGAGGUCUCCAAAAAGGAAGACCACGGAGGAGUGGUACUGGGUGGUGCCCAUGAGCAGCACCAAGCCUCUUGGGAUUGGUGCAGUCCCCACAUGUGGGCAGCCCGCACUGGGAAGUGGCACAGCAGAGAU